AUGUCCAGUAGUAACCAUGAAAAACGUAAAGAAAGUAAAGAUGCAGAAUUAUCAGAUGUCUUGAAAAAAUGGUUACAACCUCGAAUUGGUCCAAAGUUACAGAAGGGUUUAACCGUCGAAAAAGCUUGGGAGGACAUCGUUAAAGAUAUUGCCAUAAGGAUUUUGUCUCCACUCCCGUUGGAAGUCUUUGCAAAUGCGAUCAAUAGGCUAUCAAGGCUCGAUGAUAUGGGUCGAUUUGGUUUGGUAGAAAAACUUCUUACAAUUUCACCUAAUCCUGAUUGCGCAACUGGCGACAGAGCCGAAAGAAUACGUGAAAUAAUGAUUGCAACUUUAGCGCCUCAAGAUGCUCUGAGUGGUUCAUCCUCGAUCGAAAUUCAACCAGAUCUAUUUGAUGUUGCUAGAACUGUCCUUGCACAAUCUCACAGGGAUUGGAUUGGUACACGCGAGGCACUUUCAACCUUCCUCAAAGACUGUACCGCAAAAUAUAAUUCUGAUCGUAAUGUGUAUAUCGUCUAUCCUCAUGUCAAUGACAUUACAAGGAAUUUAUCUAUGGACAAAGAAAUCCAAACUAGUGUAGAAUAUUUCUUUUCUCGUAUACAAGAUGUUGCUAACGCGAAGGGUUUAAAAUUUUUUGAUCUUAUAAAACCUAAUAUAUUAAGUUGCGAUAAAGAAGAUCUGGAAGAGCUGUUUUUAGAUUAUUUUCCAAAAGGACUACCUUUAGAACAUGAGGAUAAAGUUGGCACAGAAGAGUUCGAGAAAAACCGCCAACCGCGGCUUAAACCACUAUUACUUAGACCAAGAUGGCACAAUCAACAACAUAUGAUGCUUUUAACUUUACAAAACGCUAAAGACCAUACAAUGUCACGUACAGAUUUGAUUGACGCCGCAUUGGCUUUAGAUGAAAAAUUAAGCGCGGAAACAGGCUUACCGCGAUGUUUUACUGGUCAGACGCCAAGAAAUUCGGCCAGCUCAUGCUUAACGACUAAUGCAGACAAAUAUUUUAUACAAUUCAAAAAAGAUCGUUCACAAACGUCAUAUUACAAACUUGCUUUCAUACCUGAGGACAUCGACGAUGCUAUAAGACAUUAUAAUAAUUGGAUGAAGAAAUUAAUCGAACAUGAUUGGCCAUUAUGUUUUGGGCGUGUGAAAAAAAAUAAGCAAGGUACGAAAUUAAUAAAUUGCGGACGAGCAGUUAUGCUCAGUGUAGGCGCAAGUAAUCCUCAACAUCUGCGAUGUCGGCGUUGCGCACCCGAUACGAGUUGUGAUGUAAAAUUGCCAGCUUGUUCAAAAUGUAAAUCUAAAGGGUUUUUAUGCAUUUACCCCCUGCGGCCAGGGGUGCAUAAAGAACGUGAGCGUCCGAGAAUUGCAGUCAAAUCUACUUCAAAUUCUCAAAACAGUGAAAAUUCAUCUAAUGGUACAAAACAUAAGAAAAAGUCUGUAUCUCAUUCCAAAAAAAGGCAGCAAACUGAUGAUUAUUCUAAUGGACACGAGACAUGUGCACUUGUGUCGACAGAUGUACUUCUAAGUGGAUUAGAUCUUACUUGUGUUCCAAAAAGCCUUAAUGAUGUGGUUGAGAUUCGUCCAUCUACAAUUCCUAAUGCAGGUAAUGGAUUGUUUGCCAAACGUAAUCUUCCAAUGGCAACACCCUUAGGCUUUUAUUUUGGCGUUCCAACUAUGGAGGAUGAAUUUGACCAGAAUAAGGAUAAAGUUGGCAGGGCAUCACAUUACUCUAUGAGAUAUAAACAUACAAUACUUGACGCAACUGAUGAUAAAGGUGAACCAUUCACAGAUCCGAAUGGUAAGAUACAUUGUCCUUUCCAUUUUAUGAAUGAAGAUCCAUUCGGAAAUAUGGUUUUUCUAGAGGGAAGUGAAGUCAAUCAAGUCAUUUGUUGGACGAAACGGGAUAUUAAAAAGGGCGAAGAAUUGUUCGUAUACUAUGGUGGUGAAGUUGAUAGGGAGCACUGGGGUCAAGCAGAGGAUAUAAGUGAACCAAUU